AAUCAAUAAUAUUUAAACAAAUCAAAAUAAGGGAAAUAACCGCCAUUGCGAUUUUUAACUUUGUUUCCAAACGCGUUUAAAACAAAUGUGAUCUAAGAAAUGACAAUUUUAAAAAUCAUCGUUAUUUGAAUACAAAGUUUGGAAGGUCUCUUUUAUCUUAUCGUGGAACUUUUCUAUGGAAAAUUCUAUUUUUUUAAAAAUUGUUUUUUAAAUGGAUGGAGUUCUACGAAAUCCACAAUUUCAAAUUAAAUUGUCCGAACUACUUGAUCAAGAUUGGUUUAAGAUUGGUAUUUACUUAAAUAUCAAAGAGCGUAUGUUAGAAUCAAUCAAGAAUGAUUCUAUGAAUUUUCCAAAACCAGAACAGAAAGCAUAUGAAAUGAUAAAAAAAUGGUUCAAUUUUGAUAAAAAUCCGACGUUUGAAAAGUUACAACUUGCUAUUUUAAGUAUUCCAAAAAACGAUUUAUUGAAGGAGGUGGAAGAUCUUGCAAAUAUGUUUUUAAACGAUUCUUCACAUUCACCAAGUAACACUAGCGAAAGAAAUUCUUUAUUAAACACCGGGAGUUAUAAUCAAUUUCCACUGACUCAAAUAAUUGUUGGGAGAGUUGGUUAUUUAAUCGGAGAUAAGUUUGACAGUUUUGGACGUCGUCUUGGUUUAUCUCAAUAUGAUGUUAGCAAUAUUAAUACCGAUGAACGAAAUGCGCAAGCAAAAGCAGUUGCUGUUAUAAAUAUGUGGAUUGAACGUAAUGGGAUCUCAAAAUGGGAACAGUUAAAAAAAGAGCUGUUAUUGUUUGAAUGUAAAAAUACUGUUGAAAUAAUUGAGAAUGAGUUUGCAUAUAAAUAAUGAGUAACGCAACUAAUAAUUUAUUUUUUAAUAAAUUAUUAUUUGUAGUACAUGGCAAAAAAAAUAUUCAUAUAGUAAAA